AUGCCGCUGCGCUUCAAUGACUGCCUUGUCAGAAUUGUUAUCGUGACUUUGACUGACCUGGUCCAUAGUAUUCUAUAUUCCUCUCUGCUUCCAUUGGUUAUCUCUGGAGUGCUUGUGAUAGCCAUGUUGUCAUGGAUUCGGCCAAGCGCGCGACUGUCCUUUUUUCAUUCCAAAGAUAACAAACUACUUCUGACGAAGAAAUCGGGCGAAUCUGGUGUCAAGGAGCAGGUUACGCUGACUGAUGUCUGCCGCGCUUCAACGCCGGCGAAAUGCCAUUUGAACCCACUUCUGUUCAAUGGCCACCUACAGACGGCCUGGACUGUUGCCCAAUUCGAUGACGUGCCUGUGUACUACAAACGGAAGAUGUUCGAUGCCGACAGUGCGAUGCUCAAGGGGCAUUUUGCAGUUGACUUCGUCGUGGAACCUUAUGAGAUGCCGAAGAAUGAAUGCGAGAUUACUGAUAAAGCAAGGCAAUAUACCCUGCCAUCGGGUCUUCCAGAACGUACAACGUUCUUCACGGAAGAGGAAUUCAAAGCUCUACCUUCGGACGAUACGAAGCCUAUGCUCGUGCUCCUUCAUGGCCUGAGUGGUGGAUCACACGAGAUAUAUCUGCGCCACGUGCUUGCUCCUCUCAUCGCAGAUGGAAGCUGGGAAGCAUGUGUUGUUAACUCGCGAGGGUGUUCUCAGACGAAAAUUUCUACGGGUGUGCUUUACAAUGCCCGGGCCACGUGGGAUGUCCGUCAAGCUGUGAAAUGGCUCCGUCAGGCGUUCCCAAACAGACCUUUAUUCGGAAUCGGAUUUUCGCUUGGCGCCAAUAUCCUCGCCAACUACCUAGGAGAAGAAGGCGAUGCGUGCCAGUUGAAAGCGGCGGUGCUCUGCGCAAGCCCGUGGAAUCUACCAGUGAGCUCUGCAAACUUGCAGCGAACUUGGUUAGGACUUGAAGUCUACAGUAAAACAAUGGGAACAAGCAUGAAACGGCUAUUUGAGCAGCAUGUUGAACAAGUCUCCAAGAAUCCGCGGGUCGAUGUAGAGGCGGUUCGGAAAUCCAAGUAUUUACAUGAAUUCGACCGGGCCCUGCAAUGCGCUGCGUGGGGAUAUCCCACGGAGGGUGCAUAUUAUCGAGAUGCAGCUUCCAUUGAUUCAAUGCUUGCCAUUCGUAUUCCGUUCUUCACUGUGCAGGCUGAAGAUGACCCGAUUGCUUCGGUCGAUGCGCUCCCUUUCCAAGAAAUGGCUCAAACACCUUAUGGUGUCAUGUUGACUACAUCGUGGGGUGGUCAUCUUGGUUGGUUUGAACUGGGAGGCGACAGGUGGUUUGUGAAGCCGGUAACCAAGUUUUUGAACACGAUGGCCAAAGAGAUCGACCUUGCGACCCCCUUUGUUGUCGAGCAUCCCGAAAAGCUCCCUGGCCAAAUUGCGAACCACUUUGAUCCUAGCAAGGAUCCAGACAUGGCGCCCAAGCCCGAUUUCAACCCUAUGCGGCGCAAACUUGCAUUGGACGUGCGGCAGUGA